AUGACCCCUGGUUUGAAUAAAGAGAAGCGGUGGGGACUUUCCCCCCCAAUCUUCUCCUUGGCUUUUUACCUGCGAUACCUCCAAGCGAUCUUAGGGGGCGCCAACGAGUACCAGAAGCAGCUAAGGGCGGAAGUCGGGCAGGCCGAACGCGGUCUUCGCUCCAGCGCUUCCCUUUACGGAGUAGUUCUCGCGAGAUCAGGCGAGAUCGGUCUUUUUCCGGCGAGGGCUGCGGUCAAGAUGGCGGAAGUGGAGCAGAAGAAGAAACGUACCUUCAGGAAGUUCACCUAUCGGGGCGUCGACUUGGAUCAGCUCCUUGACAUGUCCCACGUAGCAGCUGAUGGAAGUUCUACAGCUCGCCUCAACGCCGGGCGCUUCGAACUGCAUGGGCCUGGCGCCGGGGCAGCACUCGGCUUCCUGAAGCGCCUUAGUUGCCGAAGAGAAAGAGCAGCGUGGGCGCGGUACAACGGAAGACUAAAUCAGGUGGAAAUCAAGCCUGAAAUGAUUGGCCAUUAUUUGGGUGAAUUUUCCAUCACUUACAAACCAGUGAAGCACGGCCGACCUGGGAUCGGGGCCACCCACUCAUCUCGGUUCAUUCCUCUGAAAUAAGAGAAGCUUUGGGAAGAAAAUUUCUACAUGUAAAUAAAGAAGUCUCCCAACA